AUGGAACAAUUAAAGUUUCAGAUUGAUGACAUGAUAAAUACACUAAAACAAAGGAGUACCGGUCAAUCUGACCUUUUUGAAAUGAUCGGGAAGUUGGAGCAAGCAAAAUCCUAUUUGCUUGUUGAAGCUAUGCGUCCUAUCAAUCCUCUUCCUUUGGGGUUUUUCGAUGACCUUCCUAUGGACCUUCAACAACCAGCCCCAAUAGAUGCUCCUCAGCUUCAACAAGCAGCCCCUGUGGCUGAUGGUCUGCAGGUGGCAGAUGGGGUGGCUUAUGGGGUUGGUGAUGGUCUGCAGGUGGCUGAUGGUCAGCAGGUGGCUGAUGGGGUGGCUGAUGGUCAGCAGGUGGAUGAUGGUCUGCAGGUAGCUGAUGGUCAGCAGGGGGCUGAUGGGGUGGCCGAUGGUCCGCAGGUGCCUGAUGGGGUGGCUGAUGGUCAGCAGGUGGAUGAUGAUCCAAGAUGGAUACAUUCAUGGGACCUGUCUGAUGAGCACCAUUUUGUUUGGAUGACCCCUACACCCGUCCCUUGGUUUACCACAACGCUGACUAAUUCCAUGGAAUGUCAAUUUCUAGAAAUCAAUACUCCUGAUGUUAACAACUUAUUGGAUGGGAGUCCUCCUAAGUGCUUCAUAAAGGCACCAGUGUUCUCUUCUGUGGGCAUGCCAGUGACUUUGACAAGUUCAAAGUUAUUUGAACUUGAUAAUAUCACUACAUGUCCAGGCGUGUUGAUCAGCAUUGCGCAAGGAAUCAGAUAUGCCCUAUUUUGGCAAGCAUUGGGGAACAGGUUUGACUUUCCUUCUAUGAUUCACUUGUCUUAUCAAUGGAAAUCGUUUGGCUGGAAGCACAAGCUUUUUAUUACCAUUGAGUCAGUGUCUGCACAAGCGGGUACUUCUAAUCAAACCGUUGGGAGAAAGAGACGCAAUAGAUGUUGA